AUUAAUCUGCGACCGUUGUGGGAAUUCCCUUAAUUCUGUGUAAUUUAAUGAACUUUGUUUUCAUAAUUUUUUCAUAAAUGCAUCCAAAUGUUUUAUUUAUAUAGUGCAAACUAACCUAUAAACUCAACAGAACAACAACAAAUAAAUGAUUAAUUUACCCAGUUGCGCACUCACAUACAGAAAAGUAAAACGAGUUAUUUGAAAGAGGAGGCCCCAAAAAUAAUUUAGUCGUGUUUACGUAGGUAUUCUAUGGAAAUUAAAUUAAAAUGUCAUCUAAAGUUAAAAACGUUCGUCCCGUGGUGAUACUAAGGACCGGAUUAAUUAAAAACCAUAAACACUUAAAGGUAAUAAACAAUAAACAGUUUUUUAAAACCGAUCUUAUCUACGAAUCGAAUGAUGGUGAUUUUUUACGGGCGGCAGGACGUAAAGUCGCCGUGAUCAACACGUUGAAUCGUAUUACGAACGCCAGUCGUACGAUCGCGACGUUCACGGGCAGUGAUGGAGUCAAAGCCGCGAACUCUGACGGCCUAGUGAAGCUGAUCGGGCAGUCGAACUACGAAACUGUGCUCUCAGCUCUAUGCUCGGUCAUAUCCCAGGAGCUUAGAGUCCGCGGCAUACUAGCACUCCUGACCACUCCCAAGAAAAGUAAAGAUGCCUCAACGCAAACUGAAAAACCGGAUUUAAACGAAACUUCAUCUCAAACGAAGGAAACAUUUUUUAAUAUAUUUUCAAAACCAAAACCGAAGAGAGCACGGAGACCGAUAGAGCCCUACGUUGUUAAAGAGCCCCAAAUCAAGAAGCUUGUAAUACAUCCGGAGGACUUCUAUAAGAAAAACAUUGAACUUAGUAAUGAUAAUUCAAGCGAUGUGACAGGGUCUUGGUCAUCAUUCGCGACGCGGAGCACACUGCUGAAAGAUCCCUUGGCCCUGCUAAAUGAUGUAGAUAAAUACAUCAAGACGCCGGGAAACGAUUCACUGAGCAAAUGCAACUCUUUAGAAAAUUUUCUGGACGUGUCCGACUUGUAUGAUUUUAAAACGAUGAAAUCUGAACGGCCGAUUAUUAUGAAUGAUGAGCAUAAAAGAAAGAUUGCAUCAUCUCUGUCUUACGUUGAGUGGACAACUUGCUUGGUACGAGACGAAGAUGGAAACUUACCUAUCCACAAUGCAGUCCUUAAUGACAACAUCAAAAUGUUAAAAAGACAGUGUCAAGUAUUAAAAAAGAAGAACCACUCAGUAGAUAUACCAGGGAAUGGCAAUUGGACGGCUUUGAAAUUAGCGAUACUGAAGGACCAGCCGAAGUGCACGGAGGUGCUGCUAAGCUUCGACGCUGAUGUGCUGCUCGCGGACGAAAGCGACAGGCUGCCGCUGCACCACGCGGCCGAGGUCUCAAGCCAGCACCUGGAGUUGAUCCUCGAGCAUUGCAAGCAGAACGCCAGGAAAAUCUAUCUGGAGGAGGAGUCCUUGUGGAAGGAGAACAUCGCUGAAUAUUCGGAUGACAUUAUAUUGGAUUACCUAUUAAGCUACAUGUGCAACGCGUGCGACAGCGAAGGUAACACGGCCCUCAGCAUCGCCUGCAAGAGGGGCCGCCACGAGAACGCGCGGCUGCUACUGCGCGCCGAGCCGGGCAGCGCCAACCGCAGCGCGCCCACCGGCGGGGACACGGCGCUGCACUCCGCCGUCGCGGCCGCCGUCGCCGUCUUCAGAGAAAGCGGCGAUAGGAUCGCGAUCGAGAACUACAAGAAGACCAUAGAGGUGCUGGUGGACGGCGACGCGAGCCCCUCCGUGCCCAACUGCGCCGGCCUCACCGUCACCGACAUGCUCGCCGACGCAGACGCGCCCGACCUCUCCGCGCUGCUCGCCGCCGCGCUCUCCAGCAGGAGGCUGGGGGCCGCGCGCUGCCCGCCCGGACCCUACAUGCUGCUGCGCGGGCAGGACGGACGCCUCGACGUGGCGCACGUCGCCAGCAGGCAGCCCGCCCGCGCCCCCGCCGCAAGGGACCGGGGCCUCCCUACUGAGCCGAAAACUAAAAUCAUCGAGAACGUUCUAGUGAAUUUAGGUUCGAGUAUUGGUAACGUUAAAGUUCGGAACGUCUGCAGGGGAAGCGACGCUAGGAAUAUCAGGAUUACGGCGAAACGAAGCGGCAGCGCGCGCGGCGAGGCGGCGGGGAAGAAAACGAAACUUUGAUAUAUGGGGACGAGAGGAACUAUUAUGCUAAACUGACGGUAGUUCUCAGUAAAAAAUCACGAAUCACCGGGUGAACCGCGUCCCGUAACAAAGACAGAAGAUCGCGCACACAGCGAGCUAGAAAGAGACGACAGGUGUUCUCGAUUUUCCGUCUCUAAGAACAUUCCAAUUAAAUACAGGGUGGGUUUUGUUUGUCAAUGACCCGGAGUCUGCACAAGGAUGGCCUUACAUAGGAGUCGCAGCACACGACAAAUAGAAAUUAUUCACCGAAAUACUAAUUAUGAUCCAAUUUAACCCUUUGACUGGCGUGUAGGUCACCGGUGCCCUACGCGGCGCACUCCAGUAAUUAUUUUGUCGUCUUUUGUUUGUUAAUGUAUGACUUUUAGAAAUUGAUUCACUCGCAUUAUCUUAGGAUUCGUCUCUCCUAAAGUCUACUGGAUAUUCCGGCGCUUUAGUAAGAAGAUUGAAGUGAAAAAUCGAGAUAAUAACUUGAGUGCGCCGCGUAGGGCACCGGUGACCUACACCGCAGUGAGAGUUAAUUGAAGACAUGAGUGGAUGAAGGGAUAUGAUACAAUUUGUUAAUUUUGAGAAAACGGGCAGCGAACUUUUGUUACUUGUACUUCUUCUUCAUAUAUAACUCCUUCUACACAUGCAAUUUCUAAAAAUAGCCUUUAAACACGGAGUUAUAAG